AUGGAUGAGUUACUGAAGAGCUGCGAGGAGCUCACCGGCAUCCCCUUUGGCUCUCAGUACUCUGAGAGUCACAUCGAGACAGGUCUGAGAGGAUCGGGUCAUGGUCGGGGUGGAGGGGACGUUACGAUGGGAAGCUGUAGAGAAACGCGCAGCUCUCCGCCGGCGUAUCUGUCCACCAGCUACAUGGACACAAACAUGGCGAGGGCUAGAAGAGAAGAGCAGCUGACCCGAGGCCAGUCGCAUAGCGCGAGUACCAACGUCAGCAGGUGCAGAGUGACCAGAGGAAGCGCUCGCCAGGCCGAGAUGCCUCUCACCGCGGCGGGGAACAAACUGAGCGAGAGCAUGGUGGAGUACGAGGGCCAGCUGAUGGGGAUGUUGGCCAUGCUGGAGAACUGCAUGGAGGAGGCCGGCAUGGACUUUGAGCCCCAAGACUCGGUUCCAGAUUCAACCCAAGAAUACGUGCACAUCAAUAAGAAUAAGAAUCUUUAUCGGGGCACAACGCUGACGCCCAGUAAGCACGAGAGGCCGGCGGAGCUGGAGACGCAGCCGAUGCAAUUAGACUCCAGCCAGCAAGUGGAGGAAGAUGAAGUUUCCGAGGACCUUGGCGAUAGAGGAACAAAUGGAAGCCAGUUAAAUCUUCUGCCCAGCUGUGACAACAUGGGAGGCUUCUCACAGGAAGGACUGCAAAGAACAGAUCACUUCAACACGGAUGCGGAGGGUUUGGCCCUGGAGAUCAGCUUCACGGGGCCGACAACCCCGUCAGAGGAGACCAACACGGCGCAGGUGUUCAAAAAAGGCGCAGACACAAAGAGAGACAUCACCGAGACGGAGAGAGACGACACUGAAGUACCCGACGAAAAGAGACACAAACUCAAGAUGGACACUGACACCGGAUCGGACCUGGAUGAGUUGGCUGCAGUGGGGUCCCAGAUGGAGGAGUGCAUAGAGGAGGUGCAGCUGUUAGAAAAGAGGAGGAAGGAGCUCCUGGCGGAGGUGCUCCAUCUGAGAGGAGACCAAGAGGAGCCGGAAGCGACGGGCGGAGAGGAGGAGACGGAGGAGCAGAUCGACAGCAAGGUGUUGGAGCUCAUGGAUGUCCUCAAGAUGGAGAAGGAAGGGAGAAGGGAGGAGAGGAAAAAGGAGAUGGCGAUCCUCAAGGAGGAGAAGGCGGAGGAGGAGAGGAGGACGUGGAAGGUGAAUCUGGAGAGGCAGGGGCUGCAGGACGAGCUCCGGAAGCUCAAGAGGAGGCUGUUCGCAGUCGCCCGGGACUGUGCCCACAAUCAGGCCGCCCUGAACAAACACCGCCGCGAGGUGGAGCUGCUGAGAAGAGAGGAGGAGAAGCUGAACUCGGCGGUGCUCCAGCUGACGGAGGAGGGAUGCCAGCUCAGGUCAGCGCAGAAACAGCAGCUGUCGGACCUUCAGGCGAAGCUUCAGGCCCAGAGAUCCAGCCAGACGUCCAACACUCAGGACGAGCUGACCGAGUGCAGGAGGCAUUCCUGUGGGGACAUCGAGCAGUAUGUGCAGGGCGGGCUGAAGUCCCUGGAGGACAGAUAUGAACCAAUUCUGCUGGCUUUGCUGAAGAGGAGGGAGGCAGCUGAGGCGUCUCUGGCCAAAGCCAAAGAACAGGCACAGGAGCUGCGCGCCCAGCUGACCCCCCUCAGAGAGGAGAUGCAGAAACUGCAGCUCCAGAGGGCUUGUCUGGAGGAAAAACUCAAACUGAUUCACAUGCAAAGAAGAGAAGACGUGGGGCAGUAUAAGGAAACCGUUUACUACCUAGAGGAGAGCAGCAGAGAGCUGAGAACCGAGUUACAGAUUCAGAAGAAGAAAACUCAGGAGAUCGCGGAGCUGAAGGACAGCCUUUCCAAGCAGCUGCAGCUUUACAGGGCUGUGAUCAAGGACCAUAACAAGCCUGAGCAUGAGGAGAAAACAUGAGUGUGCACCUUGCUAUUUUAAAGUCUUCCUCAAAAUCUUCGGGUGAAUUUAAAGUUCACUGAAUGCACUUUACACAAUUAAAUACACGAACGUUACAAAACUAAGA